CCUCCUCUGAGUUAGUAGGCCUUUUGUGCUUAUCUUAAUAUAGACGGCUAGUAGAUGUGCUACUUCUUUGAUGAAACGAACGUUUUAAACUUUGAACAACCAUGUUUAUGACUGGAAUACUAUUCGUUUUAUCUUUUUUGGUAUUGGGAGUUCCGGCUCUUCAAGGCCAUGGAGCGACAAUGAUGUGUCGGCACUGUCAUAAUGUGAAGGACCCCAGAGAUUGCACAGAAAUGGCGGCUUGCCACGAGUCAUGUGUGACAGAUGUGCAUUACCUGAAUUUUGAGUAUUUAUUCACCUACAGUUGCAAGCACCAACUUGAGUGCGGCGUUGGUCCCGGCCCCCUUGGAAAAAGACAAGGGCCACACCACGGCCACGAACACGGUCAACACGUGUGUCGGGAAUGCUGCACGAGCACCGGAUGUGACAGUUAUACAUGUUCGAAGUAUUUUAGCCGAACUACCACGCCUGCUCCGAUGACUAUGCCCACUACAACCGCCACAACUACAAGUGAUAACGGAUGCCGAGACUAUGAGAGUCCUACAUUCCAGUGUGCUGAAUUAAGUAAAUAUAAUUUCUGUACAGACACUGCUUCUGUAGCUUAUGCAAUCGCGCACGAGAAAUGUGCGAAACAUUGCGGGUUCUGCAGUCCAUACGGCACGGUGAACCCAAAUACCAAGGCACCGACAACAGUUCUUCCAUCCACAACAAUGGAUCCCACGACAGCUCUUCCUAUUGCAACUACCACAAUGGACAUCUCUGGUGACUUCUCGACCACGACGGUAAGCGGUGCAUCCCCUGUGGUUGUGAACGUCAAUGUCACGGCGACGAUUGACCCUGACGUCUGUACCGAUUCAGAUGACCCAACAUUGACGUGUGCUGACAUGCUGAGGUUCGGAUUUUGUUCUGCGGACUCAGGAUCUGGUUACACGUUUGCCAAACUUCGAUGCAGAAAAACAUGUCAGUUCUGUUAGGCAGAGAUCAGAUAAGUUGAAUGUUUUCUGUUUGACUGGUAAUGGUGAUCAAUCCUUAAAUAAAAUUGUGGAUCAAUU